AAUAAAUAAACAAAUUCAACACAAGCGAAAUACCCCAAAAAUUCUAGGGCGAAAAACUAGCGAAUCCGGUGAUCUUUGUCAAACAAGGAGUUCGACCCACCUACCGCUACCAGAACCGAAGGAAGAAGACGCUACUAAGUUAGCUAUUUGGAAUCCUGAUUGGAAGACAAAUUUCUGAUCAUGGGCAUGGAAGAGAAAGAUCUGUUGAAAGAAAUGGAUUGGAAAAAUAUUGGUGAAUCAACAACCAAAGAUUCUGAUUCUGGACGCGUUAUGAAGAAACGACUGCCAAAAAAGAUGAGGCAAAUUCCAGAUUAUUAUUUCCUUCCGCGAAAAUCUUUACCAUCUGCCAUCGCUUUUUAUGGGGCAUGGAUCGCAGCUGGAGUUGGUGCCGGCAUGCUGAUUGAAACCUGGAUAAACAAAAAAGUCAAAGAGGAUGGAGGUGUGAUAUGGGAGUUUGACAAAUAAAGGCUGGAUGGUUUUGAUGACGUCUCGGCUUUGACGGUACACCGAUGAUGUAUGCUACACUUCGUAAUGCUUGUACGGCCAGUACGCGAUUAUGUUUUCAACUGACCAGUAAUUUUGAAUUAUUUUCUGCCACUAGAGGUAUCUUUGCAAUGGUUUAUGUCGUUCAGCAUUAGAUCUGUAUCUGAUUCAAAGGUUAAAAUGUUGUCAUAAUAUAUGUUUAGUAUUUAAUAUUAAACACCAUAAUGAACGGGGUUUUAGCUUCAAAUAAUUUUUGAGCUCUAAAGUAGAUACUUGGGUAAAGUUCAAUGAAAUGGACGUGGCUUGAGGUGUAAA